AUGGAAACCUUCAACAAAAUUUCUCUCCUCAACAAAAUGGACAUCUCGUGUGAUAUGGACCUUGGAUCAUUUGAAGAACGCAUCAAUUUAAUGGACGAAUUGGAACGACACUAUCAGCCAGAUGUGUAUAAGAACUACAACCUGUUAAGAAAACUCCUCACACCCGUCCUAAUAGCCGAAUAUGCCAAACCAAAAAUCGAUCACUGGACAGACAUGCAAAAAACGUUAAAAGAAAGAACUGUUCUCGGAUACUCCACCGCAACUUUGGGAAUAAUUUUGGUCGCCGGACUGUUCUGGACUAGCAGAAAAUAA